CGUAGUUCUAGCUAACUGGCCAGAAUGAAAGUCCAUCAUUCGUGGAGCACAUUAUGCGAGGCGUUGUGAGGAAUAUGCUGCUACCGCUCCUCUUCGUCGCACUGGUCGUGGCGGAGUGGGGUAACUCAGCGCGCUACUAUUACAAGUCGACGGAGAAGGAGGACUUCCUCAUCGGAGCGCUAUUUCCCAUUCAUCGGCCCCCGUACACCAAGGAGGACGACUCCAGUAGCUGUGGCGAAGUCUGGGAACUGCCCGGUAUCCAGCGAUUCGAGGCCGCGCUGCAGACCGUGGACGACAUCAACUCGCGGCCGGACCUGCUGCCCAACUCCACGCUCGGCAUCCAGGUGCGCGACAGCUGCCAGUACACGGCCAUCGCGCUCGAGCAAGUCUCCCACAUGAUCCGGCGAUCGGCGUGGUCCAAAAUCGAGUACCGCGAGGAACCGCACCCGUACCACCGGCCGCCACCCGAAGAGGACCUCAUGCACGCCGUACGUUGCGAAGACACGUCUCCGGAGAAAAAUAUGGUGGCCAUGGUCGGCCCGCUGCUAGAAGGCGGCGCCAUCGACGUGCACAGCCUGAUGAGCCUCUUCAAGAUUCCUGUGGUCGGCUACGCGUUCGACGGGCUGCAGCCCGACUUGAGCUCGACGCAGGGCUACUACGUCAGCGUGGCGCCAUCGAACGAGUCGACGCAGGCACGAGCCAUGGCCGACCUGGUGACGUACUUCAACUGGACCUACGUCUCUACAGUCUUCACCAACGAUGUUGCGAACGAAGCCGCCUUGGCAGAGUUCAUGGUGGUGUCCAAGGACCGAGGCGUCUGCAUCGCGCAAUUUCUGGCACUGAGCUCCAGCGCGACGAACACGGAGUACUACGAGGCGAUAGCCAACCUGCAGAAAUACGAGAGCAGCCGAGUGGUGGUGUGCUUCUGCUCCUCCGUCACCGUCGUCAGGCUGCUCAGCGUCAUUCGCGACACGAACAUCACGGGACGCUUCACGCUCCUCGUAAGUGAAUCAUGGAUGGCGGACAUGGAACUUCUGACGGGCUUCGAAGAACAAGUUGCCGGUAGUCUCGCUUUCCGCAAUCACGCAGAGCCAGACGAUAUGUUCAAGGCAUACUACACGAGCCUCAACCCAGGCAACAACGUCAGAAACCCAUGGUUUCCCGAGUUCUGGGAAACUAAGUUCCAGUGUUCACUUGGCCGUCAAGGUGGAACUGCUGGAAAGUAUGAGCGGGAAUGCACAGGGAAAGAGUCGCUCAGUGAUGGCUAUGAGCAAGACGCACAAAUUGACGGAGUCAAAAGUGCCAUCUACCUGGUCGCUCGGGCACUGCACAACAUGUUGCAAGACUACUGCCAGACGAGCGUCGACAAGAAUUGCUAUCGGCACAUCCACGUCAACGGCGACCAGUUUUUCGAAUACCUCGAAGACGCAGCCCCUGUGUACCAGCGAAGCAUACCUGAGCUCAAUAAAGAACGCAGUGCGACCCCGUGGUACGACGUGGUUAAUUUCGUCAAGUCCGAGGACGGAAAAUACGGCAUCAAGACCGUCGCGUCGUGGUCCGACAACCAGCUCACGGUGCUCAAGACGCCCGAGUGGAACGCGCAGGGCAGCACCGAGGUUCCUCUGUCCGAGUGCGGAAGGCCGUGUCCACUUGGACACGUGAAGAUCCACGAAUCGAUCACAAACCCGUGCUGCUGGAAAUGCGUACAGUGCGCCGACAACCAGUACGUGGUGGACGAUUACAUCUGCGCCCAGUGCAAGCAGGGAACGUGGCCGAACGAGAACAUGGAUGGUUGUGACUCGAUCCCUCAGAAGUACGCACAGUGGACCGAGACCGCGUCCGUAAUGGUCUUGGUCAUCUCUGUCCUGUCCAUUACAAACACCGUCUGCACGACGGCCAUCUUCAUCCGGUACGCCCACUCGCCCAUCGUCAAGACGACGUCGCGAGCGCUGUCCUUCCUCGUGCUGGCGGGUGUCCUGCUCAGCGAGGCGGGCACCUUCGCCGUCGUCUCGAAGCCCUCCGUGACGUCCUGCCUCCUCGAGCGACUCUGUCCCGUGCUGGGGGUGGCCACGGUGUACGCGGCCAUCUUCGCCAAGACCUACGGGCUCUGCCGCGUCCUGUCGUUGGCCGAGAGGCAGGGCUUCCCUGCGGCCGUCAACGCGCGGAUCGUGAGCAGCGGGACGCAGCUGGCCAUCGCGGGAGGCCUGGUGGCCCUGCAGUUCUUCACCACGGCCGCCAUGCUCGCCUUCCAGAGACCGGGAACCGUACAAGUCUACCCGGCACCGAAUCGUUCUGUUCUCAUCUGCGACUCGACCGACCUCGCCCAUUUCCUGCCGUGGGGUUACAACUUCCUCCUGAUGGCCCUGUGCACGGUGUGCGCCUUCAAGGUCAGGAAUCUUCAGACCAGCUUCAACGAGGCCAAGAUGAUCGGUUUCGCGAUGUACGCGACGGCGAUCAUAUGGGUCGCUUACCUGGCCGUGUACGUCGGCAGCGAGAACAACCGGAAGUUGUCGCUCUGCCUCGCCAUAAGCGGGUCCUCUCAGGUGCUCGUCGCGCUCCUCUUCCUGACCAAGAUAUACGCACUCCUCUCCGAGACCGUGAAGAACGCCUGCUGCUCCGUGCUCGGCGCUCGACCAGAAGCAGCCAGCACUGUCUCGAUAGUCCAGGAUAUCGGACGUGAGGGCCCGCAGAGCCCCAGCGGGUCGCUCGAGAGUUUGGCUCAAGAUAAAAUAAACUGAUGCGUUCUGUGCCCGUUCCUAAGCGUAUCAUGGCCGCAGCUUCGUAAGAACAGGAGCUGCCGCGUCCCUUUCUCCAUAUCCUUGUUCACCCGACUCCU